CCAACUAACUGAAGCGAGUCAGUGAGUGAAGAAUAAUACUUGAGGCUCCGACGUCGUAGCUAUCUUCUCUGGAAUUCAAUCUCUAACGUCGUCGUCAUUCAAUUUCCAUAAUCCAACAAUCAAAUUUCCAAAUGAUCCCUUCUCAUUUCACCAUCAAAACCCUAAUUCCAAAACCCAUACGCUUCUUCUCAACCCACAAUCAUCAACAACCCACCACUCUUCCAUCCCCAUCACGAAUCCACAAACUCAUUGCUUCUCAAUCAGACCCACUUGUAGCCUAUGAAAUCUUCCACUUAUCUUCCAAAACCCACCCCAAUUUCCACCAUUCCUACUCCACCAUUCAAACCCUCAUCCUCAAACUCGCCCAUUCCCGCCAUUUCUCCCUCAUGAAUUCCCUUCUCUCUUCGUUAAAACAUGAUCGCCGCUACACCCUCACCCCCUCCCUCUUCACCCACAUUAUUCGCAUCUACGGCGAAGCCAAUUCGCCCGAAAAAGCCCUCAAAACGUUCUACACAAUGCUCGAGUUUGACGUCAAGCCACGGCCAAAGCAAUUGAAUGUGAUUCUUGAGAUUUUGGUGUCGGAAAGGCAGUAUCUUCGGCCUGCGUUUGACUUGUUUAAGUCGGUGAAUCGGUAUGGUGUGUGUCCGAAUGUCGAAUCGUAUAAUGUUUUGAUGCGGGCGUUUUGUUUGAAUGGUGAUCUUAGUGUUGCGUACCAGCUGUUUGGUGAAAUGUCUAAGAGAGAUGUAAUGCCGAAUGUGGAGUCGUAUCGGAUUCUGAUGCAGGGUUUGUGUAGGAAGAGUCAGGUGAAUCGGGCUGUGGAGUUGUUGGAGGAUAUGUUGAACAAAGGGUUUGUACCGGAUGGGUUGAUUUACACAACAGUGUUGAAUAGUUUGUGUAGGAAGAAGAAGUUUCGGGAGGCGUAUAAGGUGUUAUGUCGGAUGAAAGUCAAAGGGUGUGACCCGGAUAUUGUGCAUUACAAUACGGUUAUCUUAGGUUUCUGUAGGGAAAAUCGCGCACAUGAUGCGUGUAAGGUUCUUGAAGACAUGGAUGCGAAUGGUUGUUUGCCGAAUUUGGUGUCGUAUCAGACUCUAGUCGGUGGUUUAUGCAGUCAGGGUUUGUAUGAUGAGGCUAAAAGUUAUUUGGAUUUAAUGGUGUCGAAAGGGUUUUCUCCUCAUGUGUCGGUUUGGCAUGUGUUGGUCAACGGGUUAUGUGGUGUUGGGAAGGUUGAUGCAGCGUGUUCGGUUUUGGAGGGUAUGUUGAAAAGUGGAGAAGCUCCGCAUGUUGAUACUUGGAUGGAUGUAAUUAGUAGGAUUUGUGAGGUGGAAAUUGGGAGACUAGAGGAAGUAUUGAAGGUUGAAAUAGCGCCUUAUACGAGAAUAAUAGACGCAGGUGUUGAUUUACAAGAGUAUUUAGUUAAAAAGGGUCGAGCGAAUGCAAAAUUUGGAUCUAGAAGAGAAAAGGUUUGAAGGGGGUACGUUUCGCAGAACCGAAAUUUGGAAUUCUGGCUGUAUUUGAAAUUUAGAAACUUGUGAUUGCGAUAAUGUGGAAAGCGUUCUGAUCCUGCGAGGCUUCAAAUCAUUCAAGAAUCGAGUAUUAAGUGUUGCAAGGGAUUAACAAAAGAAGAUAAACUUCUGGCAGGUGCAGUUUCUUGGUAACUAUGAUAGAUGAGUGUUCUGUCAUUAGUUUAUUGCUAAUGAAGCUUUAUAACGAACUUGCUCAUUGGUGUUACUGAAAUAUACCCUGAACUUAAAAUGCAGAUUGACAGCUUCUGUGAAACCUAUAAUAAAAGACUGACCAAAUUUGGUUUUUUUUUUUUUUUUUUUUUGUCAUCGGUAUUUGAGGAACCGGGAAAGGAUUUAGAUCUUUACAUUUGAUGUAAUACUCUUCCUUGGUUUUUUCGGUUCGGUUUGUUAAAAUAUUAUGCUUUCCAUCCCUUACUCUUCAUGAAUGGGGAAACUUUGUGGUGU